AUGCAGGAAAAAGUUGUUUUCCAGUUGGAAAUGAUUGACCAAAGAACCAAACAGAAAGCGAUGAAAGUUGUCUGUGAGUUUCCAGGAGUUACUGUGAUAGACGUGAAGGAAAAAGGUAAACUAAAGGUGACAGGAGAUUUUGACAAGUUUGUAAUGACCAAGAAACUCAAAAAGAUAUGUGAUUAUGUUGACAUAAUCGCGGUUGGACCAGAUGGAAAACCAGAUCAAAUUCAGAAUCCGGUUAAAAAGCCUGAACCAAAAGUGACUAGGCCAACCACAUCUUACCCUCGUCGGAAACCAGGGCCAUCUCAGAACUCGGAUGCUUGUAUUAUCUUGUGA